UCUCUUUUGCGACGUGGCUUUUCAGGGUCCAACAUGAACGUCGGGGUGGCCCACAGCGAGGUGAAUCCCAACACCCGGGUGAUGAACAGCCGCGGGAUGUGGCUCACGUACGCGCUGGGCGUGGGCUUGCUCCAUAUUGUUCUCCUCAGCAUCCCUUUCUUCAGCGUUCCUGUUGCGUGGACCUUAACCAACGUCAUUCACAACCUGGGGAUGUACGUCUUCUUGCAUGCGGUAAAAGGGACCCCUUUUGAAACGCCAGACCAAGGUAAAGCUCGGUUACUGACACACUGGGAGCAGCUGGACUACGGCGUGCAGUUUACGUCUUCACGGAAGUUCUUCACGAUCUCGCCGAUCAUUUUGUAUUUCCUGACAAGCUUCUACACAAAAUAUGACCCGACGCACUUCAUCCUGAACACAGCUUCGCUCUUGAGUGUGCUUAUCCCCAAGCUGCCACAACUGCACGGAGUUAGGAUCUUUGGCAUCAACAAAUAUUAAGCGAAGAAGAAAUGGCGUGGAGGCAAAUUUUACCCAAGUUUGGCAUGACCACACUUUGCCUUGGAAGAAGACACUGUUUGCAGCGUCCGUUCAUUUAGUAACCUGCAAAGGGGUGAGGGGGACUUCUUUCUCUCUCCCAAGAUGUAAAUGCUAUCCUUUCAGAGCUGCAUGGGAGAGAAGCAGACUUACUGGAGAUGUGCUCACUUUUGGAGCGUGGGCUUUCUAGAAAGAGCUGGGCAGGCCUGGCUCUACUAUGCUGACGGCAUUGACCGGAUAUAUAUACCCAGCAACCUUAAGCGAUUUGCAGCAAGGGGCAUGAAUAAUGCGAUGGAGACACAAAACGAUAGUCCCCCCGUGGUACUACUGCGUGCGUUUGUGGUAACGGAAAAGACCCCAGUUCUCUGUUUAAGAGAUCGGUUAGGAUCUAAAUGUUGUACAGUAGCCAGUUAUUGUUUCUUGGAUGUGUUUUUGUGCGAUUCGGUGAUGUAAUAGCUCAAAAUGCCUUAUUUAUUCUCGUGACCUUUUGAUCAUUAAGCUUCUCUAGCAUGAGAUGCUCAGCUUCAGGAGACUGGCUCAUCAGUCUCCCGUCUUCCUUAGAAAAACUGAUAUAUUUCUGGCUCGUUUUGCAGACGUGGCCGGUUAGUCUGAAGCAUUUGGAAUUACCCGCAAAUGGUAACUUUUAUCUUUUCAAAGUGGAAGGCGGUUUCUUUCUGCCUUAAGAGUUGGGGUCUGUAAAGUCCACUCGAGAGAAGGUGAGGUUUCAACUUCAGAAACCAGUGUGAACUGCUGGGUAAUCUGACAACCUUUCUCUACUUAGUUGGCUGACAAAAUACCUAGUAUUUCUGUGAGUAAAAACGUUGUGGGUUUUGUUUUUUUGAUUUUUUUUUUUGAGGGGGGGAAGUAAUCCAUUGCUGUGCUUAGAAUUUCUGAGUGAUAGAAGGCUCUAGUACCAAGCCCAUUAAUAAGAAUUCUAAAUCUAAUAAGUUUAUGGUGCAGUCCUAAAUGGAUUUACACCCUCCUAAAUCCAUUGAAGUCGAUGGGCUUUCAGGGCUCUUUUUCUAGCAGGAGCUCCUCUGCAUAUUAGGCCACGCCCCCCUGAUGUAGCCAAUCAUCCUGGAGCUUAGAGGGCUCUAAGUACAGGGCUUACUGUAAGCUACAUGAGGAUUGGAUACAUCAGGAGGGGGUGUGGCCUAAUAUGCAGAGGAGCUUCUGCUAGAAAAAGAGCCCUGCUUGCAUUAUAUGUGCAGCGGAGAACUUUUCAGAAGGGAGUUAAGAGAAAGCAUAAGAGCUGAGGUAGUUUGGCAGGCGAUUUGGUUUUGAAGGCUGGAAACUGCUUUGCCCUAUCAAGAGUCCUGUUUUGAGAGCUGCAUUAGUGCAGUUGUGCUGAGUGCGAGAAAAGUUGGCGCGACAAGGAGACUUUGUGCGAACCAAAUGUUUUGUGCGACCACAGAAAGAGGCCGUUGCUUUCUUCUCUUAGAAAAAAGUGCAUCUGAUAAACUUUGAUCUGCCAGAGUGCAUCUGAUAAACUUUGAUCUGGGUCAAGGAAACCUGGGAUGUCCUGCCUACAGUAAUUGUGGAAUUCAAACCGGUAUUGAUGUAUAUACUCGAAGUAAUAAUUGGCUGUUUUCAAGAAACACUUUACUGUUUGUUAUCCCAGCUCUCUGAGAAAAAUGUCUUUUUGAACCAUGUCAGUGUUUUUAUAUUAAUAAAAUGAAUGACUUUGAGACUGG